AUGUCGCAAGGCCAAGCAGUUCCGUUUGCUGGGAAAUGGCACCGUUUCACAGUCAGGAACGACGGAGAGAAGGUGGUUCCAGAACCACAAGGUGACGCCGAACACACAGAAAUCUGGGAAUCGGAGGUGAUGAUCCCUUUCGCAGUGGAAAGGACAGUUUACGCUUUCGGUGGACCUCUGCCAGACCAAGAGUCACUCUCGAGUUCAAUGAACAAGGUAUUCCCCUGCUACCCAACUUGCGAACCUAGGAUUUUUGAUAGUGAGCCUUACAACUUCAAUUGUUUAAGCAAACCCCACAAACUCUUUCGAUCCGCCCCGUCAAUAGCCCAUAGGGAUUACAUACCUUGGCUUGAUCGAGUCGAACAAGCGUAUGAGGAUUUCUGGAAGACAUAUGGCAUAUUUGACUUAAUACAAUUCUCUCGAUUUGGUCCUGAAUAUCGGCCAGAAAUGCUGAUAGCAGCUAUGCAUUUUUUCGAGUCUUCUACCAACACCUUUCAAUUUAAAUGUGGAAUGAUGACCCCUACUCUCUUAGAUGUAGCUGCCCUCACAGGCCUUAGGCCUAGCGGAGAAACGUAUGAUCCCACUAAAUCUAGUGAUAAUAUCAAGCUAGUAUAUAAGGAGAACACCUUUUCCAAAUAUAUAGCUGAACACAAAGGAUCGGUCGAAGAGGAAGUCUCUGAUGAAGAGCAUGUAGCCUUCUUGACCCUAUGGCUAUCUCACUACGUCUUUUGCACAAAAUCCUUGCAAGUAGCCAAAAGAUUUAUUCCAAUGGCAAUACAAAUUCAUGAAGGUCAGAACUUUGGAUUUGGACGCCUCUUGUUAGCAGUGCUAUAUGAAUCGCUUGGAGAGGCAUGUGAUGACCUGAAGAAAUCGAAGGAUGGGUCUUCCUUCUUAGUAUCUGGACCUAUGUGGCUUCUCCAGUUGUGGCUUAAUGCCACUUUCGAACAAGAAAUGGGAUUAAUAAUCCCACAAGAUUAUGCUGAAGAAGUUGCCAAUCGCUCGAUCGAAGGCCAGAGAGCACUUCGAUUAACACCCAAAACCUUCGAUCAAAACCCACAAAAGCUGUUCCUCAAGUACAUGAAGAUUUUUCUGAGUUUUGACAAGUUUCUUCCCCAACAUGCUCCAUUCAUUAGUCGAGAGGUCGGCCCGGCCUGGUUCACUGACGAUUUUCCUGCUGUCGAUCCGGACAAUGAAGAAGAAGUGAAUGAAAUAUGGUCAUUUUAUUUGAAUCCACAGAUCCUGUCCUGUCGUACAGGUGUUCAAUCGAACUAUUUAGGCCUGGUUGGAUACCAGCCUAAUUUGGUUUCAAGACAAUUUGGCCUCUCACAGAUCCGUCCCAAAAGCUUGUUCGAAGAUCCUAGAGACGUCAUAAGAGGGGCCAAUCUUUCAGAAAAGACUUUCAAGAAAUUUUUGAAGAUUUCUCUUGAUGAAAAUUAUAACCUGCAUCCUUUUGAGUUCAACCAUUCCCACUUCUGCACCAUGGGAUUUGUUACCUGGUGGGAGAAAUAUUAUUCGGGCCGUUCGGUUGGAGACACAACUAUCAUGAUCUCCAGACUUGAGAGUGGUUUUACCCAACCAACGGUCGAAAAUAUCCGCUCAAACCUUCAAGCUCGAGGCAAAACAAUCAUGACAAAGAAAAUUGUUGAAACGUCUCGAGCUGAUGUGAGACCCAAGAAACCCACUGGGAGUCAAAAGAAAGAUGAUAGCACCGAGACUACCACGACCUCAAAACGCUCGAAGCGUGUAGUCAUCGAAUUCGACGAAGAAAAAGAUGCAAGAAGAAGAGGAAAGACCUCUUGUAAGAAAGAGAAAAUCACCUGA